AGCAGCCUCUCUGGAGGAAGAAGCAGAACCAAGCGGCAGCAGGACUGGAGCAAACGUUGUCUCAGCCUCAUGCUUCGUCUUGAGGAUCACUGCUCCUCCUGUCCGCUCAUGAAGCUAUUGUGAAAAUAUUUAUUUUAUUAUUUUAAUUAUUUAGUGACAAAAUUAUUGAAAAGGUGGGGAAGCAGGGGCCCGAGUCAUGGAGCUUUAUUGCCUGGAGUCGGACUUAGCCGUGCAAGCCCAGCUUGACCCAAACAUCCUCUAUGAUGACAGAGUUUUGCAGAGUUUAUUAACAAUUGAGGAAAGGUUUUUACCUCAAUGUUCAUAUUUCCAACGGGUCCAGAAGGAUAUUCAGCCUUAUAUGAGACGGAUGAUUGCAGGUUGGAUGCACGAGGUGUGUGAAGAGGAGAAGACUAAUGAAGAUGUUUUCCCUUUAGCCAUUAAUUAUUUGGAUAGAUUUUUAACAGUGAUGCCCACAAGAAAGAGCUAUUUGCAGCUUCUGGGAGCUGUGUGCAUAUUCUUGGCCUCCAAGUUAAAAGACUGCCGGCCGCUAUCAGCGGAAAAACUCUGCAUGUACACAGACAACUCCAUCACACCACGGGAACUGCUGGACUGGGAACUGGUUGUGCUGGGGAAGUUGAAGUGGAACAUGGCUGCGGUCAUCCCCAAUGAUUUUAUAGAGCACAUCAUGCGCAGGGUGCCCCUUCCCAAAGAAAAGCUGCCAAUGGUGCGCAAACACACGCAGACGUUCAUCGCCCUCUGCGCCACAGACGACAGCCUCGCCAUGAACCCUCCUUCAAUGAUUGCCACCGGCAGCAUGGGAGCUGCGAUCUGUGGCCUGCAGCUUGACCACAGUGACCAGAGGCUGAGUGGAGAAAACCUGACAGACCUGCUGGCCAAGAUCACCAACACUGAGGUGGAUUGUUUGAGGGCGUGCCAGGAGCAAAUUGAGCGUGUGCUGGCCUCCAGCCUGCAGCAGGGCCAGCAGUACCGGCAGGAGGCUGGCAUCAGGGCCGGCAACAAGGCGAGGGAGCAGCAAGACCAGUCCAGCACCCCCACAGAUGUGCGUGAUGUCAACUUAUGAACUCCCGUCGCCACCUGACUCGCACAACACUCGUGCCUGCCCUACCAAUGAACUGAUGCGAGUGAGGGGGGGCGCGUAAGCUGCCAGUAGCUAUGUCACGCUGCCUCUCCACUGAUUGUGUGGCAAUCCAUGAACUUUUAGAAACUAAGAAAUUUGUAGUUUUUCUCUCUUUCCCCCCCCCUCAUUUAUGCCUGCAAGGGUGCAUUUUCACCUUCUGCAGAGGCGACAUGUAAUCGAACAAGAUAUUUAAAAGAACAGUUAAUUCUUGAAAACUUGAUAUAGUGCCUUAGGUUCCCUUUAUGGAAACCUGAAAAUAUGUUCAUACUUGAAAGGAAAAUUACAUAGUUAUAUGAAAUAUACAUUAUUCUUCUGAUACAGUUUAGCAAAAAAUAUUAAGUGAUGUAUAUUUAGUUAGCAUUUACUUACUCUUUAACCAUCUCUAGUGAGAAAUUAUCAAUUUAUGCUUUUAAUGGGAUUUUCUUGUGCAGGAAAUCCGAAUGGCAGUGAUUGAAAUGCUAAAUAUACAGUACAUGGCAUUUAAACCAAUCUAAUAUACAGCCAGGAGAGUGCUACGGUAGCUAGCAGCUCUGUUUAUAAUACUGUAUACAGGUCGCACAGCUUACUAUUUAUGCAGAAGUGCUGGCUCAGGGUGGGCUGGGCCUGCUCACAGAGGAAUGACAUGAAACCAGUCAGAGGUGCGAAGCAAGGGCUGCGAAGCUCUUGAUUCCAAUGCUAAUCCUUGACAGGAGUAUUAAAAGGACCGUGUGGAGAUGUAUUUUAAUUCAGCGAAUGUUCCUGUGCUGUGUCAGUCACACACCUUACAGUACAUUUUGAAAGUUGAGUGUUCAUUGGUUUGUUUGGAAGGGACUUUCAGGCUCAGCCAGUUAGCCUAAUGCCACGUUUUUAGAUUUAAGAAAAGGAGUUUCGGAAAGUUUUUACAAGUUUCAGUGGUAAAAGAAGUUGGAGGACGGAGAGGUUUUGGGGAAUAGAAAGCAUGUUGAAAGUGAUUGAAAACAAAACUGUCUUGUGUUGGUGAUCGUUGGCUUACAACAGUUAACUUUAAGCUUUAUGAUGUUCCUGCAGUUGCACAAUGAUGAGAGAGACUCAUUGGAGAAAAAAUGACCCCUGAUGGUGGUCAAGAUAGGAUUUAUGUCUGCUGCAGAUUCUCUAGUUAACAAUUAUUACAUUUAUCUUUUUUAUAGAAAAGGGGGCCUUGAAACAAUGUUGAUGCACUUUUAAAACACACUCCUUAAGAUUGGUAAGGGGAUUGUAGUUAAGGCAAGUUCAGAUUUUUAUUAUUUCGGGGGUGGCAUUUUUUUCCUAGCUUUUCUUUAAGUUAUUUGUUUUUGUUUUUUUCUGGGCUGGAUUCCCAUGGGGUAAUGCAUGUUGUCUUGAAAGCUAUGCCUCGACCAGUAAUAGACAUAGGAUAUUCAUUGUAGUAGUUUAGAAACCAAGGCGAUCUAAGCCACAUGUAGACUUUACUGCAUUGAUUUGACCCUAAACUUGAAUUUUUUUCCCAACAUUUAGAUUUAUAGUGACCCCCUCCAAUAGUCCAUUCAAAGAGUUACACACACCCCUGAAUAUACGUGUUCCUAUUUUGUUCUAUGUAUGUAUAUUGUUUUUUGAACUGUAGUUUUAAAGCUUUUGUGGGAGUUUUACACAUGUAUAUAACCAAUUUGUCAAUGAACAAAAAUGCUUGAAAUCCACAUUACAUUUAAGAACACAAUUGUCGUUUCUAAAUUGUAUUCAUGCAUGUUUGAUUGUGCAAAAAAGCCAAUGUUUGUUUUUCCCAAAAAAAAAAAAAAUAGUGCUUUAAACUGAAAAAUGCUUUUAAAUGUUCUGCUUGUAAUCGAAAGAGAUUUCCAAAGUAAGAAAGAUAGGUUUUUCACCAAUCUCUUGCUGCUAUUAUGCUUUCCUUUCCUAGUCUUACACAAAAAAGCCUUCUCGUCAUUCACGUGUGCUGCUAUAUUAUGAGAUUUAUAAUAUGUAACAAGUCUGCUUUUCUCUCGUAUAUGUACCAGAGGGAAAGUAACAGUUUGAUGCGGGACUGGAAGUACUUGUGUUUGCAGAACUCUUUGAUUAGCAUGUUUUAUUCCUUUAUUGUUUUAAUUGUAUCUCUGUUCUUCUUCCAUCAUAUUCUUGCUGCUUCUUUAUGUACCUCAGGAUAAUUAAAUUGGAUGAAUAGAGCGAGAGCCCAUCUCACCGUUACCUCAUCACACUUCACAUCACACGUUGUUUUCACUCCUGAUUUGUUGGACGGGUUUCACUUUUCUGCCUGGAUGUUAAACAUCAGCUGCCAGAUUCCACUGAUAAGUUAAAAGUGCCUGCAGCCUACUUUAAAAUAGGUUAUUUCUUAUAACUGGUGCUAUGUCAAAACAUCCUAUACUGUAUGCUAUACAUGUAACAGAAAGACAAAAAAAAGUUUCCUAUUUGGAUUACUUCGACAUGUUUGAAUCAAUUCAAUUAAGUCAAAUUGAGUGUUUUGUUUUUGAGGUACCACUUUACUCAGUUUUACUAUUGUUCAAUGUGGUUGUCACUCAAAACUCCAUGCCCCUUGUGCAGCCACAUGGUGUACCUCAACAAUUUGUCAAUAAAUUGGCUACAAUCA